AUGAGCAACAAGCAAACGAAACAAGCAAAUAAAAAGGAUAAUAAAAAGAAGGAAAGUUAUAAGAAUAAACAAACUUCCACGACUUUUUCGCUGGGGAAGAUAUUUUCGAUCUUUGCGGUUCUAGGUGUACUAGCAUCUUAUUAUGUCUACAAUGUACUCACAACAACACCUGAAUUACCUAAUAUAGAUAUGAAUGAAUAUUGGGGUCCAUACCCUAUGAAUCUCAAACAGGAUUUAUCGAUAAGGCCUUACAAGAUAGAAUUUUCAGAUGUAAUUGUGAACGACCUCCGAGAAAGACUUCUUCAUCGCAGACCAUUUCCUCCACCUCUUGAUGACACUGGAUUUACUUAUGGCUUUAAUUCAAACUUUCUAACCAGAGUUCUUGAUUAUUGGCAAAAUAGUUACAAUUUUAAAGAUAGAGAACAAUUCUUCAACAAAUACAAUCAUUUCAAAACAAACAUUCAAGGGCUGGAUAUUCACCUUAUGCAUGUUAAGCCAAAUGUGCCGAAUACUAUUGUAGUGCCUUUGUUACUACUCCAUGGCUGGCCAGGCUCUAUCAGAGAAUUCUAUGAGAUCAUCCCAAAAUUGACAACUCCCACACCAGGGUACAAUUUCGUCUUUGAGCUCAUUGUGCCAAGCUUACCUGGAUUUGGAUUUUCACAAGGAGCUGCUCGGCCAGGCUUGAGCCCAUCAAAAGUAGCAGUCAUACUGGAUAAUUUAAUGAAACGAAUUGGUCAUGAACACUACUAUAUUCAAGGCGGUGAUUUCGGACACAUAGUGGGCUCAAUAAUGGCGACAUUGUUUCCGGAUAAGGUGCUUGGGUUCCACACUAACAUGCCAACAGUCACGUUCAACACAAUGGCGAACUUGUAUGUAUUCUUAGGUUCAUUCUGGCCCGGUCUCAUUGUGGAACCGGAGUUGCAGUAUCGUAUGUAUCCAUUGCGUGAACACAUGGCACGAUUGCUGGAAGAAUCAGGUUAUUUGCACAUCCAAGCAACCAAGCCUGAUACAGUUGGUACGGCUCUGACGGACUCUCCAGCUGGUUUAGCCGCAUACAUUCUAGAAAAGUUUUCUACAUGGACAAAUCCUGAUUACAAAAAAGCAAAUGAUGGGAACCUUCUGGCAAAAUAUUCACUAACACAUCUCUUAGAUAACGUCAUGGUAUAUUGGGCUUCUAACAGUAUAACUACGUCAAUGAGAAUGUAUGCUGAAUCUUUCAAUAAAGAGGAGCUCAGUCUCAAGUUAGCCGAAAUUCCAACAUCAGUGCCAACCUGGGGUAUUAAAUUUAAACACGAGAUCGCAUUCCAUCCAGACUGCAUUCUGAAGUUGAAAUAUAAGAACUACCUUCAAAGCACUGUGGUUGAGGAUGGAGGGCAUUUUGCAGCUUUUGAAAAUCCUGACAUAUUGGCCAAUGACAUAUUCCAAGCCGUCGAUACAUUCAGACAAUUUCAUAAUCAACAAAGGAAUACCGAAGAAGCAACAAUUGAUAACAAAUUACCUGAUUAUGAAACUGCAAAAACUAUAUAUGAAUUCACUGUAAAAGACAUACAUGGAAAAUAUGUAAAAUUAGACAAGUAUAAGGGUCAUGUGGUAUUAAUAGUAAAUGUAGCAUCUGAAUGCGGGCUUACAGACACUAAUUACAAACAGCUAAAUGAGUUGUACGAAAAGUAUUCGACAACUAAGAACUUACGAAUUCUCGCAUUCCCUUGUAACCAAUUUGGCGGACAGGAACCUGGAACUCCCAAAGAUAUUUUGACAUUUACCAAGAGCAGAGGUGUAAAAUUUGAUUUAUUUGAAAAAGUAGAUGUGAAUGGAGAAAAUGCACAUCCGCUAUUCAAGUUCCUCAAACGUGUUCAAAGAGGAACAAUGGGCGAUUUUAUUAAAUGGAACUUUUCCAAGUUUAUUGUUGAUAAGAAUGGGGUGCCUGUUGAGAGACUUGGACCAAAUCUGAAUCCAUUAGAUCUGGAGCCGUUACUAGCUAAAUAUUGGUGA